UUGGAACGUAUUUUCCUACAUGUUAGGUGCCAUUGCACUCAGAACCCGGGGGACACUGUGUACCUUGUGUUUUACCGUUAUGCAUUGUUUAUAGGCUGGGAAACUACUUGAUAACCCCCGGGAAUACUUAGGAAUCAUCGCCCAUACUUUAACCUUGUUGUUUGUGCAUCGUUGUCAAAAAAGUACCAUCAAAAUUCCGGUCCCCAGCGAAUUUCGGCAGGCCCGUGCAGGGAGAGCCGAGGAGACCAUGAACGCCAGGUCAAGAAAAACCCGAUCAAGCUCCGUCAGUGUGUGGCCAUGACUGCCGUGCUUGAUUGCUUUGGCGCGAACGUAUCCGAGGGGAAAAGACUCUCAGCAGGCACCAUAUUUGUCCGCAAGCACGAUCUACCAACCCAUUGACAGCGGGCAUCGGCAAAAUAGGGCGGUCGUGGAAAAGGUGCGGAGAAACAAGUGCUACCAGACGGUGUAUACACUAACCACCGCUUCAUGCAGUCAGUUGGGGCCCUGGUCGGUCUCCCAGUCAGGAUUCAAACUAAGACAAACGACGUCAUCGAGGGCGUCUUCACAACCUUCGGGCCAAACUUCGAUCUGGUUUUAGAUCUGGCCCACCCAGUGUCGCGAGGAGACCCGGCCCUCAUCAACCCAGAGACCAUCAAGCGUAAGAUGAUCUUCACAGCGACCGAUAUCGUCACCAUUAAGGUCGCCAAUGUCGAUCUAGAAUAUGCAACUAGAGAGGGAUUUCAAGUAGACCAAGUUAUUAGCCGAUUUAAUGGACAGGUGGUUGAGAGGACCCUGGAGCCGUGGCAGGGGGAGACCGCUACAGAAGAUAGUUUAGUUCUGGAAGAUAGCUCGUCUCGGCCGCAGAAUGGUUGGGACGUGGACGACAUGUUCCGCAAAAAUGAGGAGAAAUACGGCGUCACCACCUCCUACAGCCCCGAUAUGGAGGGCUACACGACGCCCCUCAACAAAAAAAAUACCGCAGAGUACCGUGAGCGAGAGGAGAAGGCGUCUAGGAUCGCGGCCGAGAUCCUGAAGUCUCCGUCCUCCAACGCACAGUCCGAGUUGGAGAAUGGGGACGAGGAGGACACAUAUUCAGCCGUAGCGAGACCAGGUGAACAGGCGGCUGGAGGAAUGGCCGGAGGUAAAUAUAUUCCCCCGAUGCUGAGAAACAAGAGUAAGAACGGUGGGAAGCUGCAGCGGUCCACGCCACCACCCGUGGGGGCCAGAUACAACAGUCACCCGGGGCCUAAUCCUCCGGCGUCCACCUCCCCUUCGUAUCAGGGUCCACCGCAGGCCGGUUCGGCGAGUCACAGCCCCGUCGGGGGCCUCGUCGGCGGCUCCCAGGCCUACCCUCCCCAGCAGCAACAGACGCCCAACCCCGCCGGCCACAAUCCCUCCCCCGCGGCCCAUCCUCCCCUACACCGCAACAACUCACAGGGCGCCCACCACGGCCACACCCCAGACACCAAAGUGAAUGGUGACACUAAGGGAUCCUAUGACCGCAGAAAUCACGAGGGUUCCAUGAGCGAGUCCAACAGAGAACCCCGCCACAACAACAAGCAGGACGGCCAACACAACCGCCAACACCACGGACCGCCCCACAGCGACGGCCAGCAGCAGAAGCAAGUCCAGCAGAAACAGCAGCUUCACCCGCCGAGCCAGCACACCAGUCACAUGCCGCCGGUCGGUCAGGGCGAUCACCGCAAGGCCGAGCCGAGGGAACAGAGGGAGCCUCGUAAACAACACCGGGUCAAGGAGGAACAGUUGGCCGAUCUGAGGAAGUUCAGCGAGGAGUUCAAGUUGACGGAGCCGGCGGAGAAGAAACCUCAGGUACACCAUCAGCAGCCACCGCCUCAACAACAGCCACCGCCUCAGCAACAACAACAGCCACCGCCACAGCAGCCGCCUCCACAGCCACAACAACAGCCACCUCCGCAACAGCCUCAGCAGCCACCGCCACAGCAGCCACAACAACAACAGCCGCAACCACAGACGCAGCCUCCACAGCAACAGCCUCAGCAGCCUCAGCAACAACACCCACAGCAUCCCCAACAGCAGCAGCAUCCACAGCAACAUCACCAGCAACAACAACAACAACAGCAACAACCACCACCACAACAGCAGCCACCACCACAACAGCAGCAGCCACAACAACCACCACCCCAGCAGCAACAACAACAACAACAACAGCCCCCUAUGCCACCCCAACAGCACCUGCCUCCUCAGCACCUGCCCCCACAACAGCACCCCCAACAGAGGCAAACACCACCCGUUCCUGCGUCAGUGCCUCCUCCUGGGCCACCCCAGUCAGCACCCCAGAGCUCUCACCACCCCCAGAACCCUCCCACCAUGACCAUGAGCCCUGCGGCGGACAUCAACAAACCCCACGAAGACGUCGACAAGAUCUCCUCGGCCGUCUCUCACUCCAAACUUAACCCCAAUGCAAAGGAGUUCGUCUUUAACCCCAACGCCAAGCCGUUCAGUCCCCGUUCCCCGAGCACAACUACUCCCCCUAGGCCUCACACGCCCCAGACCCCACAGAUCCAGUCGAACCAGCCCCCGCAGAUGGGAGCCCCGCCCGUAGGGAUGCCCCAGACUGUUGUGAUGAGUUCCCAGUCGUUCACCGUGCAGCCUCAGCCUCCGCGGUUCCCCAAGAGAGAUUAUAGGCCGUGGAUGUCAAUUCCAGUGGGUAACAGCCAGCGGCCAGAGUACACAUCACCAAUGCAAGUAGCAGCCGCGACCGGUCAGCCCAUACUGGCCCCGGCCCCCAUGAACACCCAGCCACAGGCCAUCACUACCGUACACAUACCACAGAAUAUGUUGCCUCAGAAUCCGCAACACUACCAGCAAUAUCCGAGCGUUCCCAUGAUGCUGCGGUUUCCUCAUGCAGGCAUGCCGGUGAUGGCAGCUAUGGUGCCAACAUCUAUGGGUAUUUGUCACCAGAAUCCAGAUUCCCAACAGCAGUCACAGCAGCACGGUCACCAGACGAUGUACAUGACUCAGGCUACCUUACCACCUCACCAGCCUCACCCAGCGCACACGCCCGGACCAGUUCCUCAGCCCACCCAACCGCCCACUCCACAGAAUCCGGGCGGCGGCAGCGGACCUCCGAACAUGCCCAACCCUCCGUCUACUCCGGGACCUUCCCCGGCACAGUCCCUCAUAUACCCUCACAUGGGAGCACAGCAGUCUCUGUCUCAACACAUGCCACAGCACUCGCCUCACACCGCACAGUCGCCUCACGCCCCUCAGUACCCAGGGCCCGGUCAGAGUGCAGCAGGUACGGCUGGAGGCGGCCACCACGGCGGCCCCGGCCAACAGAUGGCCACUCAGUUUGUGGUGGUUCCUCCACACAUGAUGCACCACGCAGGGCCUCCGCCACACUCCGCCACGGCACACAUUCCCUCCUCCAUGGCGGGCUUCACUCCCACGUCGACGGCCGCCGUGCAGCACUUACAGUCGGGUCACCAUAUUCCGUACUUCCCCAAGCACCACCCACGGUUCGCACACUGAGGUGCUGCAUAUGUUAGGUGAAAAAAUAGAGGUUUUAUCAACAAUAAUGAGGUAGUUCCUCAUUGAAUAUUGCUUUCUAACUAUUUGUAAAGUGUUUAAUUGCCACUGUCUGAUCUGUAUAAAAAAAACUAUCGUAGAUUUCCGCGAAUUUGGGUCGCACGUCUGAACCUCGGCACAUCCGGCAACGCGAAGCGAGACGAAGCUCGCGAGCUGUAACUGGUCCGUGCCCAAGAGUACGCCCGGCAGCCGCGGCCACUACUCGCCCCUCGUCCGUCACAGCCAGUGAAGCCCGGGCUUAGUAGGAGAAAACCCACGCUCGUCCCCCAGCCUUCAGUCGUGUCCGCCCGAGUGUCCGACCUCCUCACGGAGUGGGACUCGAUACGUGCAGGGAUGUCGGGAGUGUUUUGUUGCCGUUGUCGUGUUGAGAGAUGUAUGUAGGAUAGUUCAUUGAUCUUGUUUGUUGCCGGUACAGCGCGUCGGUGGUGUACGGAGCGGUUUGCUAAAUUUUUAUACAUAUUAUAAAUAAAAAAUAUAAGGGGGACUUAUGCAAGGGGUAUUAUUACGGGUACGCUCCCAUGUUUCUCGCGCGGUAAAUACAUUUUAGUAUUGCGAGAGUUGUACUCGGCGGGGAAGGGCGAGUCACACGGAGCUCGGCCGCUAACUGGAGUAUUGUUAGGCUGCAGAUUGGUAUUUAUUGUUGAGAUAUAGGAAGAAGUUAUACUGUGAGGCCUGUGCUUCUGUGACAGGAGGCCUUAAGUCUUAGGUUAGUGUUAUGGUUUUACGUAGACAGUUCCGUGGCAGGGCGCCGGUCGUACGACUCGAGGAUGCGUGGCGCCGAGUGUCGGGUGGAGCGGCUGGAGUGCUGGGUGAUUUAAAAGAAUAUAAAUGAGCCCUGGUGGUUCAAUAAAUAAUUUUUUUUAUAUGUUUUAUGCAUGUGUUGCAUUCUUGCUAGUGGCAAUAUUCUAUGAGAGACAAAUUGAUGAGGGACCUGUCAGACAGCUAGCCUAACAAAAUUAUUACUGAAAUGUGAUUUGCCUUAUCAUGUUUUAUAGUAAGCCUCAUUAAAAGUGAAUAUGUGUAAUGACUUGCUAAGUUGAGCCUUGCUGCAAGUUUAUUACAGAGGGCUGCUUGUCACACAUGUUUCUACUGUACACACUUGCUAAACAUUUCAAGGCAUAUAUGUAAACCCCCCCCCCCCUCUCUUUCUGAAAUACACAUGCAUGCAUACACACACCCACUGACACACACUGACACUUAAACUCCUACUUCUAGUCCCACAGUCCAACACCUGGUGACAAACUCGGUCUGUGGAGGGAUGAAGUGUGACCGCUAUAGCACCUUCCUCUCUUGAAAAAGAAAAAAAAAAUGCCUACAUGUUCUUUAAAGGAUUUAGCCUGGAGUGAAGGUCGCCAGUAGUCCUGCUAACUUCCCUGGCCUUGUUGGCAGGUGGUGUGGGCCCCCUAGUAAUGAAUGACGCCGCUUCUGCUGUCGUGGUUUUCUCCCCCUAUAGCAGAUCGGCCGAUAAAAGAUUUUUUGUAUAAACGUCAACCGUUGAGAGUGACAUACCUCCACCUAUCUCUUGACACACUGUCCUUUUAUUUUAUUCCCACGGUAACUGUGGGUAAAUUAUGUGAAGUAAGUCAAUAGUGAGCCUCGGAGAGAGAGAGAGAGAGAGAGUUCUGAUGGGCUCUAGUUGUAAAGUCAUUUGGAAAGAUUUAUUGAAGAAGAAAACAAUAUGACUUGGGGGUUUAUUUUCUACGCAAAACAAGAGGAGCCUCACCAGUCGCUCAGUUGCAACCAUCACGUGUAUAUUUCUUUUGUAUUAAGCGCAUACAUGAAAAAAAUGAGAAAUUCUAUUGUUACUAUUUGUUGAUGCAUUACAUGAAACAUUUUUUGUAUAAAGUUAUCCCACCUCAUCGUCAUCCACGAAUUCCUGAAGCUUCGGUGUUCUGUACGUGACAACUAGAUUCUGUUGCCGACUCUGGCCGACAAAAUGAACGUAGAAACAAACAUGAGGUGAGCGUUGCGAUGGGAGGCCGCGAUGUCGUGGAAUAUCUUUUACCCGAACGACGGCACGCGAGAUUGUCCGUCGAAAGCCAUAUACUAUAGCGUGGUCAUAUGUUUUUUUUUUUUAUACGAGAAAAUAAAUAAACGGUCGAAAAAGUGCAGGGAUUACGAGUCUUAUGACAGCUAUGCUUGUGAUGCAAAGGGUUAAUAUGCAACUGUGAAUGUCUCCUUGUUUACACCUUUUGUAUUUUCCUAUAGACGGGUUGGUUUUGUGACCACUAUUCCAGAAUCAACCUCUUGGCUAAACUCAUAGAUCAAAAUGUACUGCUGUAACUUUUUUUUUCUGAAAUUGUAAAGAAAAACAGUGAAUAACAUGAUAGAAAUGCAUUUGGCCCUAAUUUGUAAUUUCUUUCAAUAAAUUUUGUACAUGAGGGAGAGAGAA